AUGGUGGAUAAUAUCCAUUCUCGCAAGCGAUCACGAGAGGAGGCAUAUUGGACCGCCGAGAUAAGUCAAGAGCUAUUACGAUUACGUUUUCGAGAAUUACAGCACCAUUUUGAUAAUGCACAGACUGUGGCAGAUGUGCAUGAAGCUUGGGGUGUUGUAGCAUCGACAUUGAAUCGUAAAACUGAGUGGGGCUUACAAGUAAAUGCUGUGGAUUGUAGUGAUCACUUUACAAAGCUACGACAGCAAUGGGAAGAGAGCAGUACAAUCAAGCUACAUGUAAUGAUGGCCGAGUGUUUUAGUACAAGGAUUGUUGAUACUCAUCAAUCAAUUGAACAAGAGAGGACAGAGGUCGAUACAGCGCAAGGUAUGCUGAAGAAAAGCAAGAUAGUAACAGGUAUACAACAGGUACACGAGGUUUCAGUAUCAUCGUCAGCUGAUCCAGUGCCAAUGGCUCAAGACGAUAAAGCUAUUUCGUCUUCCCAACCAGCCACAGCAACAUCAUCUGAGCCUUCUUCUUCAACUGCACGUGACAUUGAGUCAUUUUCUACCGCUGCUUUGGACCAAGAUCGAUUGUUAACAGUCUCUGACUUUAUUGCAGUCUCCCGUGAGUCAGUUCCUUCCCAUUUUCAAGAAACUUUAGUAACUGAUGUACCAGUUGAAGAAGAAGAAGAAGACAAAUUGUAUCGAUAUAAUGAGAUUAUGCAAGCAUUAGAGAAACGAUCGCAGCAACUUGAACGACUAGCACAAUCUCAUAAACAUCUCGCUAUUGUGACUGAACAACUUAUGGAAGCUUUAAUCACUCGGAAUAUUGGAUUCACUUAA